AUGCAGCUGGAGCACUGUCUUUCUCCUUCUAUCAUGCUCUCCAAGAAAUUUCUCAAUGUGAGCAGCAGUUACCCACAUUCAGGCGGAUCUGAGCUUGUCUUGCAUGAUCAUCCCAUUAUCUCGACCACUGACAACCUGGAGAGAAGUUCACCUUUGAAAAAAAUUACCAGGGGGAUGACGAAUCAGUCAGAUACAGACAAUUUUCCUGACUCCAAGGACUCACCAGGGGACGUCCAGAGAAGUAAACUCUCUCCUGUCUUGGACGGGGUCUCUGAGCUUCGUCAUAGUUUCGAUGGAUCUGCUGCAGAUCGCUAUCUCCUCUCUCAGUCCAGCCAGCCCCAGUCCGCUGCCACUGCUCCCAGUACCAUGUUCCCUUACCCCAGCCAGCAUGGACCCGCGCACCCUGCCUUCUCUAUCGGCAGCCCCAGUCGCUACAUGGCACACCACCCCGUGAUCACCAAUGGAGCUUACAACAGCCUCCUGUCCAAUUCUUCGCCACAGGGCUAUCCAGCGGCAGGUUAUCCUUACCCUCAACAGUAUGGGCACUCUUACCAAGGAGCGCCUUUCUAUCAGUUCUCCUCUACUCAACCGGGACUGGUACCCGGCAAAGCUCAGGUCUACUUGUGCAACAGACCACUCUGGCUGAAAUUUCAUCGACAUCAAACAGAAAUGAUCAUCACCAAACAGGGAAGGCGCAUGUUUCCUUUUUUAAGUUUCAACAUUUCUGGUCUGGAUCCCACGGCUCAUUACAAUAUUUUUGUGGAUGUAAUUUUGGCGGACCCCAAUCACUGGAGAUUUCAAGGAGGGAAAUGGGUUCCUUGCGGCAAAGCGGACACCAAUGUACAAGGAAACCGGGUCUAUAUGCAUCCCGAUUCCCCCAAUACAGGGGCUCAUUGGAUGCGCCAAGAAAUCUCUUUUGGGAAAUUAAAACUUACAAACAACAAAGGAGCUUCAAACAACAAUGGCCAGAUGGUGGUUUUACAGUCUUUGCACAAGUACCAGCCCCGCUUGCAUGUGGUGGAAGUGAACGAAGAUGGUACUGAGGAUACCAACCAGCCAGGGAGGGUCCAGACUUUCACCUUCCCAGAGACACAGUUCAUAGCGGUCACCGCCUACCAAAACACAGAUAUUACGCAACUGAAAAUAGAUCACAAUCCCUUCGCAAAGGGCUUUCGGGAUAACUAUGACACGAUCUACACGGGCUGCGAUAUGGACCGCCUGACCCCUUCGCCCAACGAUUCUCCCCGCUCGCAGAUAGUGCCGGGGGCCCGUUAUGCAAUGGCCGGCUCCUUCCUGCAGGACCAGUUCGUAAGCAACUACGCCAAGGCUCGCUUCCACCCGGGGGCCGGAGGCGGCCCAGGCCCAGGCACAGACCGAAGCGUGCCGCACACCAAUGGGCUCCUGUCGCCCCAGCAGGCCGAAGACCCUGGGGCCCCGUCGCCCCAGCGCUGGUUCGUCACGCCAGCCAACAACCGGCUGGACUUCGCUGCCUCGGCCUACGACACGGCCACUGACUUUGCAGGCAACGCGGCCACCUUGCUCUCGUAUGCAGCGGCGGGCGUCAAGGCUCUCCCGCUUCAGGCUGCAGGCUGCACGGGCCGGCCCCUGGGCUACUACGCAGACCCGUCGGGCUGGGGGGCCCGCAGCCCUCCGCAGUACUGCAGCAAGUCCAGCUCCAUGCUGUCGUGUUGGCCUAACAGCGCAGCGGCGGCCGCUCGCAUGGCCAGCAGCAACCCCUACCUAGGCGAAGAGGCGGAGAGCCUGGCUACGGAGCGCUCCCCUUUGCCCCCGGGCUCCGAGGACUCCAAGCCCAAAGACUUGUCCGACUCCAGCUGGAUCGAAACCCCGUCGUCCAUUAAGUCCAUCGACUCCACUGAUUCUGGGAUUUACGAGCAGGCCAAGCGGAGGCGUAUCUCGCCGUCUGACACUCCGGUGUCCGAGAGCUCUUCUCCCCUCAAGAGCGAAGUGUUGACCCAAAGGGACUGUGAGAAGAACUGCGCCAAGGACAUAGGCUACUACGGCUUCUACUCUCACAGCUAG